AGAUUCGGUCACUUCUAUCUAGUCCAGGUCAAGCAGCUCCGCAGUUCAAUCCGUAAGCUUUCACUUCGAUUUUGGGGGAGAGGUCGAGUUAAUUUUGUGUAAUUCGUGAAUCAAUUAGGGUUUUAGAGAUGGGUAAGGACGCCAAAGCCGGAGGAAAAGGAAAGGGGAAAGCCGCAGCCGGCGGCGGCGACGAGGGCGGCGCCUCAAAGGGGAAAGGAAAGUCCGGCAAGGGCGGAGCUUCCGACGGACUCGGCACCUGCACGUACGUCAAGGCUAGGCACAUACUCUGUGAGAAGCAGGGCAAGAUCAACGAAGCCUACAAGAAGCUGCAGGACGGCUGGCUCGGCAACGGCGAUAAGGUCCCUCCGGCGGAGUUCGCUAAGCUGGCGGCUGAGUACUCCGAGUGUCCCUCCGGGAAGAAAGGCGGGGAUCUCGGGUGGUUCCCUAGGGGGAAGAUGGCCGGACCUUUUCAAGAGGUGGCCUUCAGCACCCCCAUUGGGGCUACCAGUGCUGCUUUCAAGUCCACGCAUGGUUACCACAUUAUCUUGUGUGAAGGCAGAAAGAAUUAGCAACACCGUGAUUUCUGAUGGAGCAAGGCUGAAACUUUGGCUAUAAAAAUGAUAUAUGUACUAGUUAGAUAUUUCCUAAUGGCGAAU